CUCGCUCCCUGGGGCGCGCUCCGUGCUGCUCUGCGAGCGCCCCUGAGUACGGGCGUUGGGUUCGUCAGUCCUAGUAAACGUCGUGCGAAGCGCCGUGCCCAGGAGUAGAGGUCACCCUCGGGAGAUUUCGGUGAAACCUGGAGGGGAAGAGCCAGCGCCUGGAGUCGCGCCUUAGGCGGCAGCUCAGUCCUGCCAGACUUGAGUUUGGGGGAGAGGACAGUGCCUUCCCGGCAUUGACAGCUCCGGCAUUGACAGCUCCUCACCGCCGCCCGCGGAAAAGCCAGCCUCAGGGCUGGACGGGGGAUGAUGCUAGGUGGAAUCUGCAGCACUUGAAGAGCUGACAGUUUUUACGGGAUUAAAAGAAAAAAAUCUGUAAUGGCCAAAGGGUUAUUUUAUGAUGAAGCUUUUGCUAUGGCUAAUGACCCCUUGGAAGGCUUUCAUGAAGUAAACCUUGCUUCACCUACUUCUCCAGACCUUCUUAGUGUGUAUGAAUCAGGGACUCAAGAGCAAACUACCUCAGCAAGUGUCAUCUUCCGACCACAUCCUUCAGCUUUAUGCUCCACUCCUGUCCAGGCUAAUGCAUUGGAUGUUUCUGAUCUUCCUACACAACCUGUGUAUUCACCCCUCAGACAUUUAAACUGUGUGGAAAUAUCUAAUAUCAGCAUUCAUGUUACAGAACCAGCAUCUUGUGUUACCUCAGGAGUUUCAUCUGGGAUAACUAAAUUAACUACAAGAAAGGACAGCUGUAAUGCAGAGAGGGAGUUUUUACAGGGUGCUACGGUCACAGAGGCUUCUGCUAGCAGUGAUGAUAUAUUUGGUUUGAGUACAGAUAGUCUAUCCCGUUUACGAAGCCCAUCUGUUCUGGAAGUUAGAGAAAAGGGCUAUGAAAGAUUAAAAGAAGAACUUGCAAAAGCUCAGAGGGAACUGAAGUUAAAAGAUGAAGAAUGUGAAAGGCUUUCAAAAGUUCGAGAUCAACUUGGACAGGAAUUGGAAGAACUCACAGCUAGUCUGUUUGAGGAAGCUCAUAAGAUGGUGAGAGAAGCAAAUGUCAAGCAGGCAACUGCAGAAAAACAGCUAAAAGAAGCACAAGGGAAAAUUGAUGUUCUUCAAGCUGAAGUAGCUGCACUGAAGACGCUUGUAUUGUCCAGUUCUCCAACAUCACCUACGCAAGAGCCUCUGCCAGGUGGAAAGACACCUUUUAAAAGGGGGCAUACAAGAAAUAAAAGUACAAGCAGUGCUAUGAGUGGCAGUCAUCAGGACCUCAGUGUGAUACAGCCAAUUGUAAAAGACUGCAAAGAGGCUGAUUUAUCUCUGUAUAAUGAAUUCAGAUCUUGGAAGGAUGAGCCCACAAUGGACAGAACAUGUCCUUUCUUAGACAAAAUCUAUCAGGAGGAUAUCUUUCCAUGUUUAACAUUCUCAAAAAGUGAGUUGGCUUCAGCUGUUCUGGAGGCUGUGGAAAACAAUACUCUAAGCAUUGAACCAGUGGGAUUACAACCUAUUCGAUUUGUUAAAGCUUCUGCAGUUGAAUGUGGAGGACCAAAAAAAUGUGCUCUCACUGGCCAGAUUAAGUCCUGUAAACACAGAAUUAAACUAGGGGACUCAAGCAACUAUUAUUAUAUUUCUCCUUUUUGCAGAUAUAGGAUCACUUCUGUAUGUAAUUUUUUCACAUACAUUCGAUAUAUUCAGCAAGGACUUGUGAAACAGCAGGAUGUUGAUCAAAUGUUUUGGGAAGUUAUGCAGUUGAGAAAAGAGAUGUCAUUGGCAAAGCUGGGUUAUUUCAAAGAGGAACUCUGAUGCACUGCGUGGGACCAUGCAGAACCUUCCUGAACAACUGGAAAUGGCUGAAUAUUUUUGUGCUUACUCAAUAUUUAUUUCCAAGAAGUGGGUCUAAGACUUUUUCCCCCUUUUGCACAUUACACUGAGAAGUACCGUGAUUUCUUUUCCACUGACCUAUGCUGUGUUUGCUUAUUCUUUAGUUGGACACACUGUAAUAUAAAGAAUUACAGGUGUACUAGUGAUUAUAAUUUAUAGAUGCAAAACUCCCCUCAAUAAAUAAAUAAAUAAAUAUAUAAAUAAAUAAAUAGAUGUAUGUAUAUAUAUAUAUGUUACAUUGAAUGAAUGUUUUUCUCUUCUAGCUCUAAAGUGGCCUUUUAGAGUCAGCAGGCCAUAUUAAGUGGUUUUCAUACUUUCAGCAGACUGAGGCAAGGAAGAAGAUUAUUAAUGGACAGGACUCACCUCUAUUUUUAUCUUUUGUAUGUAUAGGGCUUCACAAUACUUUUACUUCGAGAAUGACUUGCUAAAAGGUUGAAAGUUACCAUAUUUAUCAUUCUGCUCUAAUUUAAAUAAUGCAUUUUACGUUGUUUUUUUUAAAUAUUAGAGAGGGAAGGCAGUCACAUUUUAUCCCAGAGAUGCAGUCUCAACAUAUCAUGAUAUAAGUGCUCAUGAUUUAUGUGUGUUGAGUGUGAUCAUAUCAUUAGAGGCAUAUAAAGAUACAUAAGGAGUGUGUAUGUUUAAGCAGGUUUGAAGGGGUGUGGAUUAAAAGAAUAGUACAGUUGAAGUAUAAAGUGACCAUACAAACUGACUUGUGUGAAGAAAUUAUUACAAUUAUUUAUAAAGGUAAAGACAUUCAUGGUGGAGAUAUGGUAAGUAUAGAAGAGCAAAAAGAAGAAAUGAAAAACUAUUCUUUCCCUCUAGAGAAAACUACUGUUAAUAUUUUUAGAGAAUAGCUUUCAGUUUUCAGAUAUUUCCUACUGAAAUAGUGUAGCCUUUCUUUUUUUUUAAAAAAAUCUUAAGUGUCAAAUGUUUUCUUGUGAAUAAAUCUGUACAUUUCA